UCUAAGACAAAUGGACAAAAGUGGAAAUUUAUAGGUCUACAAUUUUUUCAAAUUGCAGCCCAAUAAUUUAUAAGUUUAUCAUUUAUUGCAAGGUGUUGUACCUAAAACCAGUACAACUGUAUGGUGGAAUAAAAGAAUUUUCUUUAUUUUAGUUAAUUAUGGUAGAGUAAAUGCAUACUUUUAUAGAAAACAUUAGAAAUCCUUGUGAAUCAAAAUGUUUUUGUGCAUAUGAUAUGUUCAGACAGGCAAACCAAUGACUUUGAAUGUUCUUCAGUUUAUAAAAUGUGAGAAUUCGUUAUAUGUGGCAAUGUAUAACAGUAUAGCUGUGCUCAUGAUCACCACAUUUUGGAGAUAAGAACUUUUCCCAUAGUUCUUGGUUGUUAUGUUCCCUUUUUCUUCUGGGUGUGUCAGGUUGACAUGCUCAUGUUCAAUGUCUUCACCUUGAGUGAGAUGUGGUGAUUUUUAAUUUUGACUGAUUUGAAUUGUCUUUUAUUAUAACAAAUGGUAACAGAAUGUAGUUGUCUGUUAUUUUCCAGUAACUAUAGUAAAGAUGAAGGGAGAGAAAAUGACAAAUUGUAACAAACUUUUGAACGAUAGUUGAGAUGAAGUUAAGAUGACCUAGGAUAAAAUUACUUUGAAUUUACAAAGAGAUCUGCAAUGACUGAAACAGAUGAAAAUAUUUCAUCUCUUGACCUGAAUGAAAGAAAUAGUUCAGACAAUAUUAGAAUAUCAAAUAUGCCUAUAACUACAAGUGUGUUAGUAAUGAAUCAAGGAGUUGGAGUUUUAACUUCUGAAAAUAUGCCUGAUUUAAACCAUCCUGUAAAAGUUCUUGCAAUAAACAAUGAAUAUUUGGUAACAAGACUGAAAAAUGAAGAUAUAGAAGAUGCUGACAAUAAUUCAUUUCUUACAUUUUCUAAUAAUUUAAGUUCAAAUGUAGCAAUAUGUAACAAUGAAUUGUCAGAUAUAGAGCAUAAUCCAAAACGUAAAAAAAUAUCUACAGAAAACUGCUUAACCAAUGAAGCAUUAAAGAAAAUUCUGGCUCCUAUUCAACAAGCAAUUAUCCAAAGACUGGAGAAUAUAGAAAGAAAAGUAGAGAAUGUUAAUUCAAGAUGCCAAUGUUUAGAAGAAAAAGUUGAAAGUGUUGUUUGUCAAAUUAGGGAAAAUGGAUAUAGUAAUCGAUUUACUUUAUCAGCUAGUAAGGGAAGGACAGGAACUAUAAUAAUUGGUGUGCCACCCUCAAAUCAAACAGAAACAGUUUCAAGAAAUACAUCAAGUCCUUCAGUAGGAUCAAAUGUUCAACUUAUAACAUUAAACUCAGCAGCUGAUUAUCCAAAUGGUUCGUGGUUAGGUGAUCCUGAAAAUCCUGAAAUGAGGGUUCGCUGUCAUAUUGUUCCAAGUGAUCUUGAAAACAUCAAUAAAAGCUGCACAAGUCCAGAAAAAUUAGCACUGACAUUAUUAGAUUAUUUAUUUGAUCGAGAAACUCAAGCCUGUUCUAAUAUUUCUGGAACUGGAAGGCAUGGGAAAAAGCAGUUGGAUCCAUUAAAAAUUUAUGGAAUUAGGUGUCAUUUGAUUUACAAAUUUAAUAUCACAGAAAAAGAUUGGCAUAGAAUUAAACAGAAUUUAGAUUCAAAAUGUCGAACAGCUUUUAGGAGAAAGCAGAAAGGGAUGCCUUUGACUGUUAAAGCUUUUCGUGACAGAUUACCACCUUCUUACCUUCAUCUGAUGCCAGGAAGUGAAAUGGGUUCCCCUCCUGAAUCUCCAUCAGUUAUCUUGACAAAAUCUGACAGUGAUGAUUUGCAUUCAAUUUCAGCCAAUGAAACAGAAUUAGGAAUGGAUAAUAGUAUUAAUCUUAAUCAUGGUAUUCCAAUGGAACUUCAUCAAACUGAUAGUGCCUCUGUUUCCCUACCAUUAAAUCAUAUUAUUGGAGGACAGCAGGUAAUUCAAACAGAACAUGGAGAGAUUCAAGUUGUCCAUGCAACUCCAGAACAGUUUAUUCAGAUGCAACAAUCUCAACAAAUUCAAAUAUUUGCAGGAACAGAUGUUCUCAAAGAACUACAGGAUUCUAAUCCUGCUGAUCAGUCUUAACCUAGGUUGUCUGUGAUUAUUGUUUACCUGUGCACUACAACAGGAACAAUUCAUUCUACCUCCUUGUGCUCAAAAAGGUUACUUUUUACACAUUAUAUUAUAUACAACGUUUCUCAUUUAUUCCAAACUUCUAAAGUGAAGAAAAUGAGAAUACAAGUGAUUGAUGUAAAUAUUGUCAAUAAAUAUGUAUAGUAGAAAAAAAAACAUUAAAAAAGCAUUUUGCUAAAAAAUUUUCUACUAUAUUGAUACAUCUCAUUUUAAAAAAU